AUGGGCGAUCUUGACGUUUCGGCCAUGAUGAAUCCGUCGCUGUGGCCUCUCGACGCCAACAAUGCCCUCGGUCAACCUUCGGCGUCGCAAUUAAUGCAGCCUUUGGAUUUUAAUCAAUGGAGCCCCACGAAUCUGUCAGCGGAUACCACCCCGCAAGCAUCUACCCUAUUGUCGAUGAUGACCCAGCCCCAGGAUUUCUUGUCCAACAUGCCGUCCAAUUACACGUUGUCAUCCAUGGCUGGCCAGUUGCCUCCUACGCCUCCCGUCUCCUCGCCGGGAAGAUCGUUGGCAGAAUUGCAAGCCAUGGGAACCUUCCCCAUGGAUUUUCGUCCUCCCACGGAAGCAUCGCCUCCGCCGUCCUCCAGCAAUAGCAGCAACGUUACCUCACCAUGCUACUUUUCACAAAAUGCGAAACAGACGCAAGGACCGGCACGUCUAAACAAACAGCAACGAUCUUCAGCGGAGCAUUACCGGUCCCGACCCCACACGUAUCGACGUCGUACUUCGUCGCAUCCCUCCGUAGCCUCCAUUGUCUCGCUUUCAGCUCACGAACCGGUGGCUCGCGUGAUUGAUGGAAUCGAAUACAUCACAUUCCUUUACUCGCACGAUCGUAUUGCUAAGGAAUACACUGUACGGACGGACAUUGACAGUGUUGCUUUGGAGGAUAUUCCUAUGGAAUUCCGUCUGCAAAAUGCGAUUUAUCCUCGAGCCAAUGUGGACCGAGAAGAUUACGACGGCAAUCGUUGGGAUUAUGAAACCACGUGCAACAAGCUAGGCUGGAUCUUAUGUUGGCUUAACAAGGAGCAGUUAUUUGGUCGUCGUGGUUUGAUACAGCGUGCGGUAGACUCUUACCGGAAUCGGCACUCAGAGAUGCGAUCGCGCCGGGUCACUCGACAAGAAAAAGUCGCCAAUGGCACCUUGCGUAAACGUCGUGCUAAAAAAGGUCUUCAUCGCAAGGACUAA